AUGAAGAAAACACAAGAACUGCAGGCCCUGAAGGUGAACCCAGACCUGGAGUCCUGUCCCUUUCAACGAACACCUGCCGUGUCCGGAGCAAUGGGAGGAUACGCUGAGCCAGAUCAACACGUGAAAGAAGAAGAGAAGGAAGAAUAUGGAGAUGUCGUGCUGCCUGCAUCACCGCCACCUUCCGCACCACCAGGAUUCAAGGACAGCGAGGCCGUGGACACGGGGGAAAAGGAGGUGGUAGAGAAGGCAGACGAGGAGGUUAAAGCAGCCCUCCCUCAGCAGGCCACAGGUCCCCUACACUCGAUCCAGCCUGGCGAUUGGGUGGUGAUAAAAAACCUGCAAAGGAAGCACUGGAGGUCUGAGAGGUGGCAAGGGCCGUUCCAAGUGUUACUCACAACGCACACAGCGGUGAAGGUCGCAGAGAGAGCAACUUGGAUCCACGCCCACCACUGCAAGAGGGUGCCCAACCCCACGGAGUCGACAGACAGGUACAACAGGGAAGUUAUAGUGUCUGGCAGCCUGUACAUGCUGUGGGUGUUCGAUGGAUUUUUACCUGGUAGGGUGAAAGAUCGUCUCGUGGCUAACAGAUACCAUCAAUCAUUCCAGUCCAACAAGAGUUCAUUCCGUGGAAAAAUUAAAGGCUUGGUCACUGCUAUGAGGUCCACGGCUGUCACUGCUGGAAUCUCCUGCUGUUUCGUGUUGCUCUUGUUCAGCUUGAAUUUUUUAUAUUCAGAGGAGCAGUGGAGGACAGUCGUGAGACCGAAAAUCCAAAUAACUGACAGUCUUAACUUUGGGGCUAGGGAGAAUGUUGAGACACGCACAACUUGGAACGCCCCCAUCAUGUGGGAGGGGAUGUUUGACCCAAAUCUGUAUGACCAAAGGCACAUCGAAGGCAAGUCAGCUGUGGCGCUCACCGUGUUUGCUGUUGGCAGAUACCUGGAUGCCUACCUCAAGACUUUCCUGGUCUCUGCAGAACAACAUUUUAUGUUGGGAUUACCAGUGACAUAUUACGUGUUCACAGACCUGCCAGAGAAGGUACCAAACGUCAUGCUCAAUGCCAAACGACACCUGAAAAUCAUUCAGGUGCAAAAGUAUUCCAGGUGGCAGGACAUCUCUAUGAUGCGCAUGAAAAUGAUAUCGGAAAUCAUAGAAACGGACAUUCGUUACCACUUCAGCUAUGUCUUCUGCUUUGACGUGGAUCAGGAGUUCAAGGGUAGAUUUGGCUCGGAGGCUUUGGGGGAUUCUGUGGCUUUGCUGCAUGCUCAUUAUUACAAACUUCCAAAGGAGAGGUUCACCUACGACAGGAACCCCAAAUCCAAAGCUUUCAUGGAAACCGGUGAUUUCUAUUACCACGCGGCUAUCUUUGGAGGCUUGUGGGAAAAUGUGAAGAAUCUGACAGAUACCUGCUAUGUGAACAUCAUGGAGGACAAACUGUAUGACGUGGAGGCUCUGUGGCACGAUGAGAGUCAUCUUAACAAGUACUUUUGGCUUUACAAACCAAGCAAGCUGCUCUCCCCAGAGUACUGCUGGGAUCCGAGUAUUGGUAAAGUUGGAGACAUACAUGUCACUCGCCUAGUGUGGGCACCAAAAAAUUAUGACAAACUUCGCACUUAAUGGUAGAAGAUCCACAAAUUGAGGUAAUUCUUUGGGGGAUAAAGAUUGUUUGCUAUAAGCUUUGUACGGGAUUAUUAUCUUCAACCAACUCUUGGAGGAACUCUUCUUUCUCUCUUUUAAGAAUUCAGGUACAAUGAAAUCUGAUUGUCUUUAUUUUUAUUUUUAUUAUUUUCUUUAUUGUAGAUGUGAUGAUUUUGCAACUGCACUGGGAAAUUGAAAUAGAAAAUUCUUGACAUUUCCUGACUUACUGACCUUCAUCUCUUGAAAAAAAAAAUGCUAGACGAUCAUUCCUCUUUACGUAGUUGAGCGGUUCUUGCGAUAAUAUGGUAGUCAGGGCUAUUUUCGUGACUACUGCAACACAACUGAUGGUCUCAAACUAAUUAUUUUAGCUGGCCUUUUAAAAGCUUGAGAUAUUUACAUGAAGGAUUACCGUGACAUGGCUUUUUUCUCCCCAAGAGUCUUGAAACUGCAUUAGCCUCCCACUCAUGUUUGAUGUUGCCAAGUCAAAGAGGAGGCCAGGUUCGGUGCUUGGUCAUAGGUGGUGGAGUCAGAAGGUUUGCAUCAGAUGAACGGAGGCUGCGGGAUGGAUUGUGGCGAUGGAGCAAGUCAGUGAGGAAGGAUAUAAGUUUUCAUGCCAGUCAUGACCGGGCAGCUCCCCUGGUGAUUUACUGUAGAAAAUAGAGCCUUGGGGUUGGUGGAGCCAGAGUGUAUUAGGUGAGAGUAGUAGGUGGACUGGGUGGUAUUGAGAGCAUCCUUACUGCUGGAGGUAAUCUGUAAAAGUUUGGAGAUGGACACUUGAACCGGUUUCUUGUGUCUUUCAAGUGUAAAACUGCUAUUGUGUACUGUAUGCUGUUUACUUUUCCAAGGAAAUGAAUGUGACAUUGACCCAGAUGUGAUGUGACUAAAUGCAAAUGUAUUUAUUUUUUUGGUUGUUUGUUUGAAAUUACCAUAAAUGACAAUGAUAAGAAUUCGUUUGAUUUGUAGAACAUUUUGCAUGCACCCCUGAAAAUGGCACAUAUGUCCAAGUCUGUCUACCUUAUCUUGCUCUCAACUCCCUUUUAUGAGAGUGCUUUGUGUGCAGAUGAAAGAUUACAUUCAGAAUAGAAUAGAAUAGGAAGCUUUUAUUGUCAUUGUACAACAGACAUACUGUAAGCACAACGAUAUUACAGGGGGCUUCAACGAGGUGCUGGUCCUGAUAUAGGUAAUAGCAUAGUGUAGCGUCGAAAUAGACAAGAUAAAAACCACAAUAUAAAUACAAAUGCAAUGCUAAAAAAAUAUACUAUACAAAAAUACAAGGGGUAUUCAUAAAAAGUGAAUGCUGCAUCUUGCCUGUAUUUGCAAAAGGUAAAAGCAGGAUGUUACAUGACAGCACAUUAUUACACAAUCAUUGCACAGUUUGUCCUGGCACAUGUUGGGUCUGCCAAGGGGAACUGAUCAAACAGGUCUCUCAGGUCUGUAACUAACUCACUAAUUCAUAUAAAGGAUGUGGACAGUGACAGAGUGGCACAGAGUGCUGUGUUGUUAUUGUUGGCUUUACUUUUCAGUUUUGUGUUUUUUUCUCUUUGCAUUGUCUGUUUCUUUUUUUAUGUAAAUAUGUAUGUUUGGGUAGAAAGAUUGCUAUUGCUGGAGAAGGGGUAGGUUUAAAUAAGCAUAUGCUUCAUCCUACUCCUUUUCGGACAUGUUGCGUUCACAUUAUUAUUGUUGUUUUGUCUAUUCGUAUUGGAUUUGUUUGUUUUGCGGUUGACUUUGUUAUGUUACUCGCACAUGUUUGAAAUAAACUGAACUGAACUGAAAA